AUGUUACUGGUAUAUUGUGACAACACUUAUAAGCAGCUGAGUGCGAUGGCCCGCAGCGAGAAACAGCUGCAGCACCUGCAAGAGAAGAGACAGAAGGAGCUGUGGAACCUGCUCAAAGUGGCCUGUAGUAAAGUUCGUAGUCCAGUGAGCGGCAGUCCAGACGGAGGACGAACCCCGCCGGCCCCUGCACACCCGCUGAUGUCCCACAGACCGUCCGACGUACCGCAGGCAGACGAGUCUCUGCUUGUGAUUGAGGAGAGCAAGAUGUUUGAGAGCCGCCUGCAGAGUUUAGUGCAAGACACCAUUGAGGAAACAGAGACCAGCAUGCAGAUACUGAGAGAGUGGAAGUGGUUGAACGGGGGGCAGGAUUUGGCUUGAUCCUGAGGAUACACAGGUUACCAGUGAGUGUUUGUCAAAAAGGGAACAAACAUUACGCUGUUCUGCCACCAGCUGGCAGAAACACGAUACUGCAGGCAGUGUGUGCUGACAAUUCAUUCCUGAGAAAUCACACUCCAGUCAUUUACUCAAUGCAUUUCUUACUUUUAAGAGGUUAUAAACCCUUAAAUAUAGUUUUUUAAUCAUUUAUGUUAAUGUUAAGGAUUCUUGCAUCAGAAUACUUGACCGUUUUCCAGCCUUUCUGAUGUUUUCUAUGCAAAUUCACAUUUUGUGCACAUGUAAUAGUGUAGUAUAAAUGUUGUUGGCUCCAUGACAAAUAGCUUGUGCUAUACCUCAUUUGUAAGUCACUCUGAAUAAAAGCAUCUGCUUAUUGAAUAAAUUAAAAUAUAAAUCCAUCCUAAUUCCUUAUUACCUCACUGUGACUAGACAGACCAAGUGUCUGAUCACUCAGUAGGUGUCAGUGUAUAAAUGUGGACAUUUCAUCCUUAAUGAUGCUAUGAAGAUUUCAUGACAAAAAGGAAACCUUUCUAGAUCACACACACAUGAGCAUGUGAACUUAUGUAAAGUACAGUUUCAUUAAGGGAAAUUAUGUUUAUAUGCUGAGAAAAAAAUUGGUACACCGAAAAGGUUUUUUUA